CUUUUCCCACCUCCUUGUUUCUUGCUGUGGUUUUAAGGGGGAGUUCGCUACCUGCCUUACCCUGUUGGCCUUCAGGAUGAUGUUUGCUUCCUUCAUACUCCCGAAUGAACAGCUCUGACAAUUUAGUUUUGUCUUGUUUUGUUUUGUAAUGAGUCCCAUUUGUUUUCACAAGACCCCCAUAAAUUAAGAGACUAUUAGACCCACGGGCAGAUGGGAAUAACUAGGAUUUCAGAAUUCAGAAGGUUUGUUUAGAACCCUAAUCCAAACUCUCUCCUUACCCCCACAAUCCAUAAAAAUGCAAUCUUAUAAGAUCUGAAAAGCCACUAUUCAAAAAGUGUAUAUAGUCUUUGUUCGUACUGUAACCCUGGAAUAGAAUAGAAAUGAAUGGUUAAGUGAGGACUUGAUUGACGCAUCGAGACUACGUUUUAGGCUAUUAACACUCAGUAAAUGGAGGAUAUAGGUAUGUAUUAAUAUGUGCCUAGAAUUUCAUAGCAGAGUUUUACUGGAGUUUGCGGGCCGGAGUGGAUGGGGAAAAACUGAGGUAGCAAUAGCCAUGUCUGUCUGGGUCCAAAUCUAUGGAGAUUGUGCCUUUGUUCCAUAUGUUGAGCCUGCAUAAGUGACAAUUGGUUAUGUACGACAGUUUUUUUGAGUUUACAGCAAGAUGAGAAUGGUCGCCAUGGUUCUAUCUCCUCUUUUUUAAAAAAAUAUAUUUUUAUUUUUUAUUAUUUUUAUUUUCCCUUUUGUUGCCCUUGUUUUUUUAUUGUUGUUAUGGUUAUUAUUGUUAUUAUUGGUAUUUUCAUUGUUGGAUAGGACAGAGAUAAAUGGAGAGAAGAGGGGAAGACAGAGAGGGGGAGAGAAAGAUAAGACACCUGCAGACCUGCUUCACCGCCUGUGAGGCGACUCCCCUGUAGGUGAGGAGCCGGUGGCUCGAACUGGGAUCCUUAAGAUGGUCCUUGAUGUUCGCACCACGUGCACUUAACCCGCUGCGCUACAGCCGACCCCCUCUAGCUCCACUUCUAGGCUCACUUUCUGAGGACUCAGAACUUUUUCUGCUGAAAAUCUAAAAGGAAAUGGCAUGACCCCUGUGUCCCAGGAGUAACUGAUGAUCAGGGAUAUGGCCGAAAAUCUCAGUCAGUGGAGGCAGCUGAAUCCUCCUCAGGGAGAUGUACCUGAGAAGCACAGGAAUCUGGUCUUACUGGGGCUUCCAAUUCUCAAACCUGAUGUAAUCUCUCAUUUGGAGUGUGGGGAAGAGUUAGAGAAAGUCUCAAAAGCAUAUUGCCCAGACUGGAAGAUAAGUCCAGCAAGCAAGGCACUACUUCCAGAGCAGAACAUUUCUGAAAAGGAAUCAAUUCCUAAUGUGUUCAUAGAGAUAUUUCCAAAAGAAGAUUCCAGUGAAUGUGAAGACUCUUUUGCACAUCAGCAGGGAAACCAUGAUAGACAUUUAGUACAAGAAGCUGUCAUUCAGAAGAAAUCUUCUGGGGAGAGAAACUACCAGUAUGAAGAAUUUGGAAGAAAUUUUAGUCAGAGGUCAUUAACUGUUCAACAACAAGGAGAGAGACCACAUAAUUAUAAUUCACUUAAAAAUAACUUAAAACAGAAUUCAGAUCUAAUGAGGCAUGAUAGAAUUUGUGCAGAAAAGAAACCUUGGAAGUGUAAGGAAUGUGAGAAAGCUUUUAGUUACUAUUCAGCUUUUGUUUUGCAUCAGAGAAUUCACACAGGAGAAAAACCCUAUGAAUGUAAUGAAUGUGGUAAAGCCUUUAGCCAGAGCAUACACCUUACUCUACACCAGAGAAUUCACACUGGAGAAAAACCCUAUAAAUGUAAUGAAUGUGGUAAAGCCUUCAGUCACCGUUCUGCACUUAUUCGGCAUCAUAUAAUUCAUACUGGAGAGAAACCCUAUGAAUGCAAUGAAUGUGGGAAGGCCUUUAAUCAGAGUUCAUACCUCACUCAACAUCAGCGUAUUCAUACUGGAGAAAAACCUUACGAGUGUAAUGAAUGUGGAAAGGCUUUCAGCCAAAGCACAUUUCUUACCCAGCAUCAAGUCAUUCACACUGGAGAAAAACCCUAUAAAUGUAAUGAAUGUGGAAAAUCCUUUAGUGAUCGUUCAGGCCUUAUUCAGCAUCAGAGAACUCAUACUGGGGAGAGGCCUUAUGAGUGUAAUGAAUGUGGGAAGGCCUUUGGCUACUGCUCAGCACUGACUCAGCACCAGAGGACUCACACUGGAGAGAAACCCUUUAAGUGUAAUGAUUGUAUCAAAGCCUUCAGUGACCGCUCAGCCCUUAUUCGUCAUCAAAGAACGCACACUGGAGAAAAACCUUACAAGUGUAAGGAUUGUGGUAAAACUUUUAGCCAGAGCUCAUCUCUAACAAAACACCAGAAAACACACACUGGAGAAAAACCCUAUAAAUGUAAGGAAUGCAGGAAAGCCUUUAGUCAGAGUUCAUCUCUUUCACAACAUCAGAAAACUCAUGCUGGAGUGAAAACCAAGGAAUAUGGGAAGGCCUUCAGUGAACAUAAAGCCUUUGGUCAGCAAAAAAGAAUUCAUACUGGAUAAAGACUAUAUAAAUGUAGUAUAUUCUGAUAUUUAUUGAACAUUCAGUAUAUAUGGUAUAAGAGCUACACAAAAUGUAAUAUUGCGUUACUAGAAGUGUUAACUGAUAAGUCAUCAUUGACAUGGAAUAUACCUUAUUUAGAAUGUGAAAGAGGGACUUUACAUUUUAAGAUGUGUUGGGGCCAGGCGGUGGCUCACCUGGUUAAGUGCACACAUUACAUUUUAAGAUGUCUUCUGUGGAGGACAAUGUGAAUUUUCUUGGAGAAAGGAAAUUUAUUUCCAGUUCCUUAAUGCAUAUUAUGAGAAUAGUGUUUCUUUUAGGGAUAUUUCAGGGUAAGAAAUGAGUUUGAGAACUCACAGUGAGUUUGUAUGUGUGAAGAGUGAAGGCGGAAGAGAAGUCCUUAGUCUUAUGUAUAAGAACAUG